AUGGCAGAGAUGAGAGCUCAGCUGACAGAGCAGAUGAAUGCACAAAUGGCGCAGUUUAUGGAAGCAUUGACUAAUGUGACCAAGGGGCAGGAUGACUUGCGAGUUCUCGUCGAGAAUUCUAGAAGGAAUGAGAAUGAAGGACGCCAACGGCUGUUUGAUGAUGUAUCUGGUAGGAUUGAUGAUCACCAUGAUCCGAAUGAGUUUUCUCAUUCCUUCAAGGAGUAUGCUCAGAAAUGGCGUGAGUUAGCUGCGAGGGUUCAGCCACCAAUGACUGAACGUGAGAUGAUUGACAUGUUUACCAGUACUUUGUCUGGACACUACUACUUGGCUUGUAGUGCUUCAGCAAACUUUUCUGAAAUGGUGAGAUAUGGCGAGCGUGUCGAGAUGGGUCUAAAGAUGGGGAAAAUUCAGUUGGGAGCUUCUUCUAAUUCUGCGGGUGGUAAGAAGCAAACUGAAGGUUAUGCUAGAAGGAAAGAAGGCAAUGCAGAUGCCAUAUAUGGAAGAAGAGGUUCAGGGAGAAAUAAUUCACAUGUCAAUGCUGUCAUGAUCCCAGUACCACAACAACAACAUCAGCAGGGACAGCGUUCCAGUAAUGAUCGCUAUCCUCCCAGGACUAGGCCUCACAGAAAGAUUGAUCCGAUUCCUAUGACCUAUGCUCAGGUGCUGCAACAUUUGCUUAAGAUUGAAAAGAUUACUUUGAGAGAUGCUCCGAAUGCUCCGGACACACAAUCUCCGAAUUACAAUGCGAAUGCACGAUGUGCUUUUCAUUCAGGUGCUGCUGGGCAUGAUACCGAGAGGUCUAUUGCGUUAAAGAACAAAGUCCAAGAUUUGUUGGACCAAAAGAUUAUUCAGUUCACUCCUACACCCAAUAUUGUCAAUAAUCCGAUGCCUACUCACGGAGGUUCGGGUGUGAAUGCCAUUGAGAGUGAAGAGAUAAGGGUUGUAUCUGAAGUGAGCUGUUUGAAUUUUCCUCUUGUAUCUGUGAAGCAACAUCUGAUUAAUAGCGGUAUCUUCCCGGGCUGUGGUGUUGAUUGUGAGAAUUGCAAAAGUCAACCUGAAGGUUGUGCUGAUUUGAAAGGUAUGGUACAAAAGCUGAUUGAUGAGGGUCUUCUUCAGUUCUAUCGAAGGUUGAGAGGUGCGAAGAGUAAGGAUGGUGAAGUGUCUGUGAUCUCAAUUCCUUAUGAUCCAGUUGUUCCAAUAUGUAUCCAGGUGCCUAUUCAGAUACCUGUCAGUAUCCCGUAUGGGGAACAACCAACGGCUUUGAUGAUUACUGUGCCAGGGCCUAUUCCAUAUGAGAGUGAGAAGGCCAUCCCUUGGCAUUAUGGUUCAGACGUAUAUUACUAUGGCACGAAGGAAGAAGGCGAGCCAUCUAAAGAGAAGUUUGUUGAGGCCUCAGUUGCAAACACUGAUAACUUCGCCGGUACUGGUAGGAUCACUCGCAGUGGUAGGGUGUUCUCCCCUCAGCUUGUUCAAAACAAUGCAGAUGCUUUGGCUAAGGCCAAAGGAAAACAAGUAGUGCCCGAUGUCCAGAACUCUCCGAUUCAGAGUGGGGCACCUGAUAGUGCCGUGUGUAUUGUGAUUGUGCUCGACAUACGAGUCGACAUUUGUGUGCUUUGUGGCUAA